AGACCAGAGGUUGAAGUUAUGCCGUCAGUUGCCCGUGGACGUGAGUAGCGUGAGCAGAAUUCAGCCUCCAGAAGAAACAAAGGUUAAUUAAAUUGCUGGAGGACAUAUGUAUGUGUAAAGCUGAAGUAUUACAAAGUAUUCAAAGUGUUAAAUACUUUGGAAGAGUCGAACCAAAAAAGUCAAACUUUUUACGGAGAUAAUAGAAUCUUCGCUGCUGUUUGAUCUUCUACGUGAAUCUAAUACCUUGUUAAUCCCGGAAGUCCACGCACUGGUAAAGGAUUUGCCCUCAUAGUGUGUAAAUUAAGCUAACUUGCAUCAAACGACCACGGAUAAAAUACCUGUAGAAGAUGAGUGACCCACGAGAUCAACAAGAAGAGCCUUGUAAGCUCGUUAGUGGCUCAGCAAUCCCUAUGGUCAAGCCGUUUAUACCUUCGAUCGCUCAUCGUGUAUUACAUCCAUCGAAGCUAGAAAGGAAACAUAGCAGUGGAGACCUUCAUAGCCGAUUGAAAACACGUAAGAUCUUGGGAGUCGGGGAAACUGAUAAUGGAGACAUCCACAGAUCAAAAAUCAGUCAAGUUCUUGGUCAUAACGAGCACCUGUUUGUCAAGUUCCCUCGUGGUUUCCAGGUGUGGCAUCUGUCUAUGGCGAUCAUCUUUACCUUAUGUGGAUUGAUGAAUCUCUUCCUGCCAGACCAAUGGUAUGACAUCACUUUGAAACACCAGGUGAUUGGAGAUCUCAAUGCUAAUCUCGCGACCAGAUUUUAUGGCAUCACCCUUCUUGCUUUGGCGUUUGUGUUAUGGAGCUUUUGGGGCACGUACGAUAAGAACGUUGCACGUGUUCUUCUCUCAGCCGUGGCUCUGUGUCACUUUUUGCAGUUAAUAGCUAUCAUCCUACAUACCUGGAAUGAGGGAGAGCUGAGAUUUCGACGCCUGUUAGCCCUAGUGGCCCGCUUGAUGCUGGUGUCCCUGAAUGGCUACUUCUACUGGGCUCUUGGCCGCAAUCCCUUGGGAAUCCGAAAGUCAGCUUCUUUCAAAGACCUGAGAGAUGUAAAUAUCAGACCACCACCUAGCGACUCAAGCGGGCAGGUUACUUCAGUGUCUGCUGUUUCAAUGGCCGUAGCUCUAGGUGGCGCUACUGACACAAACACCUCUUCUCUUGACACCAAGAAAACUGAGUAAAAACUCCAAAAACACUGACAUAUUCUUAUAUAUCCGUUUACUUGAGUUAAUUAUCGUAACUGAGUUUUCUCGUUGCUAAUGAUGUGAUUAAUGUUAAUUAUCCCAAAUAAAUAUUGGCUAAGAAGUGAAAAAAUAAAAUGUGAGAUUGUGAUACAUAUUACUGUUGUUUUAGAAACAUGUUCAAAUAUAAGGUAUAUUAAUAGAAAUUCGCGUUUGUGGAAGCUAUGAUAACAGAAUAGCUCGUGUUUACGUUGUUUUUGAUGUUUAUAUAUAACUCAUCACAUAACAUAACUAAGCUUUUAUUACUUUUCAGCACUAAAACCUGGGUAGAUUAUUAUAUAAAAAAAAUUUCAGGAUUUUAUAAAUCGAUACACAUAGUUUUUGUUCAUUUAUACAUAUUCCAAUGGAGAGUCGUCUGGCUCUCUCGGUUUAAUUUUUCAUAUGUUAUUUAAAGCUACCGAUAGGUGGUGCUACUUCAGAAGUCACUUGGUUAAAAAGAAGAAGUCGCGAACUUAUCUAAAGUUGAAGUGUUAAAUUUAAGCAAAUGGUGUUUGCAUAUCGUAGCCCUAUGCUCUGUAGGUAAGCUUUAAAAUGCAUACCUGUUUCGUAAUAUCAAAAAUGCCAAAAAAAGCACGGUGUAAUAUCUUGUAUCUGAUAAUUGCAUGUUGAAAACCUUAAUGUUUUGUGUCCUGUGUUCGAUUUCGUAUAUAUAAGUGACAGUUUUGGUGAUGUUAAAAUAUGUGUUUCUAUAAACGGAAUAUCUCUAGCUUACAAAAAGAUAUCGAACAUUACAGGCGAAAGUAUCAUAAUUUUAGUAUUGUUUGCACAUGUAAAAGCUUGAGCACAGUAUGACGUAUGUAGUUGAUAACUAAUUUGGCAAGUUUACCUAAACCAAAUGGAGCUUCUAGCGUUGUUCAUAUUACAUUUAGUAUCCUCGUAAAUCCUUGGCUAAAGAUAUGAUAAACGUUUUUCUACGUCGAUGGAAAACUCGGAAAGUCUGUAUCAUUAUGACACUUUUAAUAUCUGUACCAAGCGACGUUGAUAGUAUUAACAAACUAUUGUUAUUCUCUCGCCUACGGUUUUAAUGUUCAAUUACAAAAGAUCAUGAUAAGCUCCUGAUAGCUGGUGUGAUUUGUAAACUCCACUGUGUGUGUGGGAUGUAUAAAGAUCCGUAAAUAAAACGAUGUACACAUUUUAUUACAUGGAAAAGUGUAUCUUGUUCAUGUUUCAAAUGCUUCCUUGGCUUAGAGAACAUUUAUACUGUUUAACUUUUUUCAUCUUUUCCAAAUAAAAUCAGUUCUGAAUUUAGUUAUUCUGAAACUUACCAUUGAAACUCACGUUGUAUAACAAUUUUAAAUUUCUCUUCAUGGGCGGAGGGACCAGGGGGCAAGUGCUUACGCCUGUUGGGAACAGUUUAAUAACUGUUAAUCAUUUUAAGGCUGCCAUACACUAGUGGCUGUACGUCCGUGUUUUACCAUGUUUGUUCAAGGAAUCUCUCCAUUUGAAGUCUAUAAAUGCGACAUUUUCAUGGAAUCGUGUCACCUGAUCGCCAUAGUAUUACCACGUUCAGGUCUCACAUGCACUUAAGCCCCCCAUUCACACCACACCCAGAUAGCUUUGCUUCUUCCGCCCGCAAUACUGGCUAAAUUAUUUUAGAUUAAAUUAGAUUAAUUUAGAUUAAUUAUUAAACCUUCAGCUUGUUAUAAUAGAUUAUAUAGCUUGAAGACAAAAAAAAAAGGAAAAUUAAAACGCAACAAAUGAAUCAAC